AUGGAGUUGAACAUCGAGGACGACAUGGAUUUCGGUUUGGGUGCUGCCGCAGCCGCAUCCGCGAAUGUGCCGGAUAGCUCAAAUCCCUUUGCAAUAAAGCUGCGGCCGCAGAAGCACACGCGGCCUAAGGAUGAGGACCUCCCCAGGGUGCCGGAGGAGGACGAAGCAGCUGUCGCUGCGAUCAACACGUUCCUCUUCUGCAAAGUGUGCAAGCGAGAUGUGCAAGCUUGCAAAGCUGAUGCGGAAAAGGACGGACGUUUGGCCGAUUGGGCUCGUCUGACCAAAACAGCAGAAGGACUGCGCCACUUGGUCCUCCACUACCAAAAAACGUGUCCUUCGCGUGGGCAAGGAGUUCGGCGUGACUCCUUCGACUGGGCCAGCUACACCAAGAAGGUUUUCACGGUGAAGCAGUGCGUCACUGGCACUCUGAAGUCGUACAUGGACUGGAUCGACUACGAGAAGCAUGCUUUGUCGAAGGGUUUGACGCCGAAGGAUGCAAUGGACCAGUGGCAAGUGGAUUACAUCCGUGAAGAGACCAUUACCGGCCAGAAGGAGGAAAUCAGCCAUAGCAGCAAAGUCAAGAAAGGCAAGGAGGCAGAGCAACUGCUCGAGGGAUGCGCAAGUAUGAUCCGCAGGGCAAAGGACGCUGCCGAUGGGUUCGACAUGCAGCCAUUCAAUUUCGCCAAGACAGCGUCUGCAGUGGAGGCGGCGCUUGAGUCUUCAGCGGAGAAGAAUGGUGGCCUGGGUUGGGAGGCCAGUUCGGAAGCCCAGCUUGAUCUCGACAACCUCAGUGUCGCUGAGUCAACCCUGGGAAAGUUGGUCCAGCCGGCGAGGGAGAUGCUGGUCAAGGGGGUGAAGAGAAGGAUGACAGGGGCUGUGAAUGCCCUGCAGACAAGUGCAGAGUCCUUGGAGCAACACGAGAGCUUGAAGGGUCAGUUCGGCCAUGUCUUUGCCAUCGUGCAAGUGCGCAGGGCUUUGUUGGAUGCCCUGACCAAGAAGUCCAACAAGGAUUUCCAGGAGCAUGUCGAGAGUCUGGAUGCAAAGUCCCUUUCCUUCCAGCCAAUGCCCAGAGCCGUCCUCGUGCGAACACACGUGUUGGAGCAGUUGCAGGAUGCACUUGAACGAAUCAUGCAGAAGGAGACCAAGGAGGAAAUCGAGAACCUCUGUUCCUGCUUAACCCAGCAAUGUGCAAUCCGCAUUCAGCUCCGGAACUCCUUGAAAAAUACCACCCGAGACGUUGAGAAUGCAAUUAAGGCUGAUGUGAAGAAGAAGGAGCGAGAUGCUGAAGCACCCGCUAAGAAGGCUGCCAAGACGAGGCAGACCGCAGAUACAGCAAGUGCAGCUGCUGCACGUAAGGCCACAGCCACAGCCAAGGAUUCCGAGAAGGGUGUGACCAUCCUGAGCACCUUUUUUGAGAAGUUGAAGUUCACCUGGUUCCCGAGGUUUGGCGAUCUGAGCAAGUUCAAGGCCAAGAUCGGAGAAGCCAUGGAGUCGAAGGCUGCAGGUGCGGACCCGACAGCAUUGCACCCACUUGUGGCCGCGGCGGCCAAGGUGGCUACUGGCAGCAUGCCGUUUGUGAUCUCCAGCGUGCCGGACAUCGAAAAGCUUGUCAAGGAGAGCCCACGCCUCCGAUGCAUGGUGACGAACUUUGGACAUCAGUUCUCAGGAACACAGCUGUGCAAAGUCACCGGUCGAGUUCAGUGCCCAAUGAAGAAGGCCAAUGCAGUGCUGGCGGAGCCGGUCUACAAAGACUUGGAGCCCCUCGUGUUUCAAGCAUCCUUGUUUGGCUUCACAUCUGAGGUGUCUUAUGUGGGGUUCGAAAAGCGUGGUUUGGGCCAACUCCAGUAUGUGUUGCAAGGCAGCAGGCGGGUGAUCACAGCAUCGCCAAGGGCCGUCAUGGAGCGGAUGGGUGGCCAGGGCAAUGCAGCCUCAUGGGUUACGGACAUGAUCAAGCUUCAUGUAUGCGGGGAUGCCGGGUCGAUCAUGUACAUCCCGCUGGGGUGGCUGAUAGCAGAGGAGGUGCAGAACGGCGAGAAGGUUGUGGCCUCAGGGUCGGCAUCGUGCCGGAGUGUGAAGAUGAAUGCGUGA